AUGCACUGCUGUGAAAUAUCAUUAGUAAUCCAGUACAACAGUGAUCUGGUACAGAAAUACCACCCUUGUUUCUGGAUCGAUGGGCAGUAUCUCUGCUGCUCUCAGACAGCCAAAAAUGCUAUGGGCUGCCAAAUUUUGGAGAACAGGAAUGGAAGCUUAAAACCUGGGAGUUCUUACCGAAAAACCAAAAAGCCUCUUCCCCCAACUCCUGAGGCGGACCAGAUCUUGAAAAAGCCAUUGCCCCCUGAGCCAACAGCAGCCCCUGUCUCCUCAAGUGAGCUGAAAAAGGUUGUGGCCCUUUACGAUUAUAUGCCAAUGAAUGUGAAUGACCUACAGCUGCAGAAGGGUGAAGAGUAUUUUAUCCUGGAGGAGAGCAACUUACCAUGGUGGAGGGCACGGGAUAAAAAUGGGCAGGAAGGAUACAUCCCUAAUAACUAUGUCAAAGCAGAAGACUCCAUGGAAAUGUAUGAGUGGUAUUCCAAGCACAUGACUCGGAGUCAAGCUGAGCAACUGCUAAAGCAAGAGGGGAAAGAAGGAGGUUUCAUUGUCAGAGAUUCCAGCAAAGCUGGAAAAUAUACUGUGUCUGUGUUUGCUAAAUCUACAGGGGACCCUCAAGGAGUGAUACGUCAUUAUGUUGUGUGUUCCAUGCCUCAGAGCCAGUAUUACUUGGCUGAGAAGCACCUUUUCAGCACCAUCCCUGAGCUCAUUAACUACCAUCAACAUAACUCUGCAGGACUCAUAUCCAGGCUCAAAUAUCCAGUGUCUCAACAAAACAAGAAUGCGCCUUCCACGGCAGGCCUGGGCUACGGAUCAUGGGAGAUUGAUCCAAAGGACCUGACAUUCUUGAAGGAGCUGGGGACUGGACAAUUUGGAGUAGUGAAGUAUGGGAAAUGGAGAGGCCAGUAUGAUGUGGCCAUCAAAAUGAUCAGAGAAGGCUCCAUGUCUGAGGAUGAGUUCAUUGAAGAAGCUAAAGUCAUGAUGAAUCUUUCCCAUGAGAAGCUGGUGCAGUUGUAUGGCGUAUGUACCAAACAGUGCCCCAUCUUCAUCAUCACUGAGUACAUGGCCAAUGGCUGCCUCCUGAACUACCUGAGGGAGAUGCGCCACCGCUUCCAGACUCAGCAGCUACUGGAGAUGUGCAAGGAUGUCUGUGAAGCCAUGGAAUACCUGGAAUCAAAGCAGUUCCUUCACCUCAGCCAAGGGCUGAGGGCUGCUCGAAACUGUUUGGUAAACGAUCAAGGAGUUGUUAAAGUAUCUAACUUCGGCCUGUCCAGAUAUGUCCUGGAUGAUGAAUACACAAGCUCAGUAGGCUCCAAAUUUCCAGUUCGGUGGUCUCCACCAGAAGUCCUUAUGUAUAGCAAGUUCAGCAGCAAAUCUGACAUUUGGACUUUUGGGGUUUUGAUGUGGGAAAUUUACUCUCUGGGGAAGAUGCCAUAUGAGAGAUUUACUAACAGUGAGACUGCUGAACACAUUGCCCAAGGCCUACGUCUCUACAGGCCUCAUCUGGCUUCAGAGAGAGUAUAUACCAUUAUGUACAGCUGCUGGCAUGAGAAAGCAGAUGAACGUCCUACGUUCAAAAUUCUUCUCAGCAACAUUCUAGAUGUCAUGGACGAAGAAUCCUGA